AUGAAGUUGUUGCAGACGCUGGAAACGUGCUUACAGCAUUCGCCAGCACUCUUUUCCCGGCGCACCAUCUCCUCGCAUCGCCUCGGAGGACGAGCAUAUUCGGGUUCACGGUCCUGGCGAUUGCCAAAUCCACCGCCAUCGAACUCCCCUGCCUCUCCUGCAGCUUCGGCCUCAGCAUCGAGUUCAACCGGUGGGCUUUUAGCCCGCAGUGGCAUUGGAAAAAGCCUUGGAGCAUAUUCUCAAAUCCAAGCCAAACGACCUUACACAACACAAAUAUGCACCACAAUAGUGGUUUGGUUAUGUGGUGACUUGGGUGCUCAGUUUUUAUUCUCCUCGAAUGAUGUGAAAGAUGAGGAAAUCAAAAGUUCUACUCAGCGUGGAGAGAUCCAGAAGAACUUGCCCAGCUCGCAAGGCUACGAUCCGUGGCGCACAGCACGGCACCUGACUGUAGGGAUAGUGGCCAGUAUUCCAUCGUAUGAAUGGUUCAUGUUUCUCCACCGCCGGUUCAACUUUGCCUCAAGCAUCGCCUCGCUUGCCACCAAGGUCGUGGUUCAACAGGCCGUCUUCACGCCCGUCUUCAACACCUACUUUUUCACCAUGCAAUCUCUGCUAUCAGGUGCAUCGGUUGAAGACACUCUGGUGCGCUUACAGCUUGCACUCCCGACAAGUAUCGCCAAUGGUGUCAAGGUGUGGACGGGUGUUGCUAUCAUCAGCUUCAUGUAUGUCCCGCCUCAAUUCCGAAGUGUUUUUUCCGGAUGUAUUGCAGUGGCUUGGCAGACAUAUUUGAGCUGGAUGAAUCAAAAUGUCAGGAGAAGUGCUCACUAG